CUCAAUACAAACCAAUCUUUUCCAGUUUGGUGGUUUGAUUUUGGAUCGCUUGCCUUCGUUUUUCCUUGAUUCAUCACUCACUUUUCUCUACAAACGAACAGAUAUGGCUGGGGCUUUAGUUGGAGGAGCUUUCUUCUCGGCUUCUCUUCAAGUUCUAUUUGACAGGUUGGCUUCUCGCGAGGUUGUGAGCUUCAUCCAGGGGCGGAAGCUCAGCGAUGCGCUCCUGAAGAAGUUGGAAAGGAAGUUGCUGGUAGUCCAUGCAGUGCUCAACGAUGCUGAGGUCAAACAAUUUACAGAUCCAUAUGUGAAGAAGUGGCUGGUCUUGCUUAAAGAGACUGUGUAUGAUGCGGAGGACAUACUGGAUGAGAUCGCCACAGAGGCUUUGCGACACAAGAUGGAAGCUGCAGAGUCCCAAACCAGCACGAGUCAGGUGGGUAACAUCAUGGACAUGUGUACCUGGGUUCAUGCCCCAUUUGACAGUCAGAGCAUAGAGUCGAGGGUGGAGGAGAUCAUUGAUAGACUUGAAGAUAUGGCACGAGACAGAGCCGUCCUUGGGUUGAAAGAAGGUGUUGGCGAGAAACUGUCACAAAGGUGGCCUUCUACUUCUUUGGUGGAUGAAUCUCUUGUCUAUGGCAGGCAUGAUGAAAAACAGAAGAUGAUUGAACAGGUGUUGUCUGAUAAUGCAAGGAGGGAUGAGAUAGGUGUGAUUUCCAUAGUGGGCAUGGGCGGCCUUGGCAAGACCACACUUGCUCAACUUCUAUAUAAUGACGCAAGGGUGAUGGAACACUUCGAUUUGAAGGCAUGGGUUUGUGUUUCCGAAGAAUUUGAUCCUAUUAGAGUUACAAAAACAAUUCUGGAGGAGAUUACUUCAUCCACUUUCGAGACAAAUAACCUAAAUCAGCUUCAAGUUAAACUGAAAGAGAGAAUUAAUACGAAGAAAUUUCUACUUGUCUUGGAUGAUGUUUGGAACGAGGACUCUAGUAACUGGGCUAUGCUACAAACUCCACUCAAAGGCGGGGCAAAGGGAAGCAAGAUUGUUGUAACGACCCGCAGCACCAAUGUUGCAGCAGUUAUGCGCGCUGUUUAUUCUCAUUGUCUUGGUGAACUAUCCUCUGAAGAUUCCUGGUCUCUGUUUAGAAAACUCGCAUUUGAAAAUGGAGACUCGAGUGCGUAUCCACAACUAGAAGCAAUUGGUAAGAAGAUUGUGGACAAAUGCCAAGGUUUGCCACUAGCUGUAAAAGCAGUGGGGGGCCUUUUACAUUCUGAGGUUGAAGCGAGGAAAUGGGAUGAUAUACUAAACAGCCAAAUAUGGGAUUUGUCAACUGAUACAGUUCUUCCUGCAUUGAGAUUGAGUUACAAUUAUCUGCCUUCACAUCUAAAGCAAUGUUUUGCCUAUUGCUCAAUUUUUCCCAAGGACUACGUAUUGGAGAAAGAGAAGCUAAUUUUGUUAUGGAUGGCUGAAGGUCUUUUACAAGAAUCAAAAGGCAAGAGAAGAAUGGAAGAGGUAGGUGACUUGUACUUUCACGAGCUUUUAUCGAAGUCGUUUUUUCAAAAUUCAGUUUGGAAAAAGAAGACACACUUUGUAAUGCAUGACCUUAUUCAUGACUUGGCUCAACUGGUGUCUGGAGAAUUUUCUGUCAGUUUGGAGGAUGGUCGGGUAUGCCAAAUCUCAGAAAAGACUCGUCAUUUAUCAUAUUUUCGUAGACAAUAUGAUACCUUUGAUAGAUAUGGAACACUUUCUGAAUUUAAGUGCUUACGAACAUUUUUAUCAUUGGGGUACAUGCUUGGCUACUUAAGUAAUAGAGUUCUACACAAUCUAUUAUCGAAAAUUAGGUGCUUGCGGGUGUUAUGUUUUCAUAACUACAGGAUUGUUAAUUUGCCCCAUUCAAUUGGCAAGUUGCAACAUUUGCGCUACUUGGAUCUCUCUAAUACUUUGAUUGAAAAAUUGCCUACAUCAAUAUGUACUUUGUACAAUUUACAAACAUUGAUAUUGUCAAUGUGUUCGAAUCUGUAUGAAUUGCCUUCAAAAAUCGAAAAUUUGAUUAAUUUGCGUUAUCUUGACAUUGAUGAUACCCCACUAAGAGAGAUGCCAAGUCAUAUUGGCCAUUUAAAAUGUUUGCAAAACUUGAGUUAUUUCAUUGUGGGGCAAAAGAGCCGGUCGGGGAUUGGAGAAUUGAAGGAACUUUCAGAUAUAAAGGGAACACUUACAAUUUCAAAGUUGCAGAAUGUGAAAUGUGGCAGGGAUGCAAAAGAAGCCAAUUUGAAGGACAAGAUGUACAUGGAGGAGUUAGUGUUGGAUUGGGAUUGGAGAGCAGGUGAUGUUAUACAAGAUGGAGACAUAAUUGAUAAUCUUCGGCCACAUACAAACCUAAAGAGACUCUCUAUUAAUCUUUUUGGUGGUUCGAGAUUUCCGACAUGGAUAGCAAAUCCUUCAUUCUCUAAUCUCCAGACCCUAAAGCUUUGGAAUUGUAAAAUUUGCUUGUCAUUGCCACCACUUGGGCAGCUACCCUCUCUUGAACAGUUACGGAUCUCAGGAAUGAAUGGAAUACAGAGGGUGGGCAGUGAGUUUUAUUAUUAUGGGAAUGCUUCUUCCUCCAUUGCAGUUAAGCCUUCCUUCCCAUCCUUACAAACUCUAACAUUUGAGUGCAUGCACAAUUGGGAGAAAUGGUUGUGUUGUGGAUGCAGACGUGGAGAAUUCCCUCGUCUCCAGGAGCUUUAUAUAAAGAAAUGUCCCAAACUCACAGGGAAAUUACCAAAACAGCUUCGAUCCUUGAAGAAACUUGAAAUUGUUGGAUGUCCGCAGCUGCUUGUGGCUUCACUCAAAGUUCCUGCAAUCAGUGAAUUGACGAUGGUCGAUUGUGGUAAAUUGCAGUUGAAAAGGCCAACUAGUGGCUUCACUGCUCUUCAAACCUCACACGUUAAAAUUUCAAACAUCUCUCAGUGGAAGCAACUACCAGUGGGAGUGCAUAGGCUCUCAAUUACAGAAUGUGAUUCUGUGGAGACUCUAAUAGAAGAGGAACUGGUCCAGAGCAAAACUUGUCUUCUCAGAUAUUUGGAAAUCACAUAUUGUUGUUUGUCUAGAUCCUUGCACAGAGUUGGUUUACCCACUAAUGCAUUGGAAUCACUAAAAAUCUCUCACUGUUCCAAGCUAGAGUUUCUCCUACCUGUGUUGUUGAGAUGCCACCACCCUUUCCUCGAAAAUAUAUACAUCAGAGAUAACACCUAUGAUUCUCUUUCAUUAUCCUUCUCCUUAAGCAUCUUUCCAAGAUUGCGUUGUUUUGAAAUCAGUAAGCUUCAGGGGCUUGAAUUCCUCUAUAUCUCCGUUUCAGAGGGAGAUCCCACAUCUCUUAAUUCUUUGAAUAUCUCACGGUGCCCUGAUGUUGUAUAUAUUGAAUUGCCGGCUCUCGACCUAGCAAGUUAUGAGAUCUCCGGAUGCUUGAAGCUCAAGUUAUUGAAACACACCCUCUCAACUUUGCGGUGUUUGAGGUUAUUUCAUUGUCCAGAAUUGUUGUUUCAGAGGGAUGGCUUGCCCUCUAACCUACGUGAACUUGAAAUUUCAUCCUGCGACCAACUCACAUCUCAGGUGGACUGGGGUUUGCAAAGAUUGGCCUCUCUUACAAGAUUCAAUAUCAGGGGUGGAUGCCAAGAUGUUCAUUCUCUUCCCUGGGAGUGUCUACUGCCCUCCACAAUUACCACUCUCAGAAUUGAACAACUUCCAAACCUCAAGUCUCUGGACAGUAAGGGGCUUCAACAACUUACCUCUCUCUCAAACUUAUACAUUGGCGACUGCCCUGAGUUCCAAUCCUUUGGAGAAGAGGGGCUUCAACAUCUCACCUCCCUCACAACAUUAUCCAUUAGAAAUUGUUCUGAGUUGCAAUCCUUUGGAGAAGAGGGGCUUCAACAUCUCACCUCCCUCGUAACAUUAUCCAUUAGCAGUUGUUCUGAGUUCCAAUCCUUUGGAGAAGAGGGGCUUCAACAUCUUACCUCCCUCAUAACAUUAUCCAUUAGCAAUUGUUCUGAGCUCCAAUCCUUUGGAGAAGAGGGGCUUCAACAUCUCACCUCACUCAAAACAUUAUCCAUUAGCUGCUGCCCUAAGCUCAAAUCUUUAACAGAAGCAGGUCUUCAACACCUUAGCUCAGUUGAAAAAUUGCAGAUCUCCGACUGCCUGAAGCUUCAAUACCUGACGAAAGAGAGACUGCCAAACUCCCUCUCUCUUCUGGCUGUUGACAAAUGCUCUUUGCUGGAAGGUCGCUGCCAAUUUGAGAAAGGCCAGGAUUGGCAUUAUGUAGCUCACAUUCCACACAUAAUCAUCAACCAUGUGUUAUACUGAUGAAGAUGGAAAUAUAUUAAUGUCAAUCAGGUACUUGUUCCAUACUCAAAAUAACUUCCUUCAAAAUAAAAAACGUUGUGGCAAUUAUUAAGUUUAUGCUUCAAAAUUUCUUAUCAUCUCUAUUGUGCUUCCUUGCUCUCUAUAAGGUUUGAUUGAUUUGGCUAUGGUCAUAAAGGCAUGGUGCCAAGCAGCUCUCAGGAGACUUCAUUUUCUACUUCCCGAUGGUCCAACAGUGGAGACCUCACAAGUUUUUCUUAAUCAUGACUGCAUCAUUUUGUGGGUUCUCAUUUGGCUAAUACUUUCCAAUAGUUAAAGCAUUUGUGCAGUGAUGUAUAUCAUGUUCUAUGUCAAUUGACAAUAAAAUUGUUAU